GUAUUUCCUCAUAAUAAUAACCACAACACUUGUUGAAGCCAAGGAAAAGCCAACCUUCAUCAUUGUCUGGAGCACAAGAUCAACCGUCCUUUUUCAUCCACAUUACUCUCUUUUUUUCUUCCGGUCACCGGCUUCUUCACCUGAAAAGUUCCACAAGAGAGAGAGGGUUUUGGAAUCAACGGGAGGGAAUUGAGUUUCCAACGUUCGUUUAAAUUUUGCUUUAAACGGUUCAAAACUUCAAAACGAAUUGCAGAAGAAGAAGCUUUAAAGAAAAAAAAAAACAGAUCAAGAACAGAGAGAGAGAGAGAGAGAGAGAGAUUCCUCUGUUUUCAGCUGCUAAAAAGAAAAAAAGAUGGAGAAUUUGUCGAAUCCAGAUGAAAACGAAGACGCGAAUUAUCAUCAAUCACGACGAUCCAUUGACCCAAAUGAUCAAUCAGCAUCAGAAACUCCGGUUUACUCGAGCAUGAGCAUAGACUCCUUUGUUUACCCUCGGACAUGUUCGGAGAGUACUUCAGGCUUUUCAGACCAAAUAGAUCAUGAAACCAACAGCUUCUGUAGUGACGCUUCUCCCUCUGAUUGGCCUGUCCUAACGGAAUCCAAGAGCUCCAAAUGUCUCUCUACUGGUUUAGAGAUGCAAUCAAAUGGAAAUCUUCCGGUCCAAGAAAUCUCAGAAGCAGAACUUGAGACAAUGAAGGAAAGAUUCUCAAAGCUACUGCUUGGAGAAGAUAUGUCAGGAAGUGGCAAAGGAGUUUGCACUGCAGUCACCAUCUCUAAUGCUAUUACCAAUCUUUAUGCUACAGUGUUUGGACAGAAUCUGAGGUUAGAGCCGUUAGAAACAGAGAAGAGAGCAUUGUGGAAGAGAGAAAUGAAGUGUCUUUUAUCGGUAUGCGAUUACAUAGUUGAGUUCAUCCCUAGAUGUCAGAGCCUAAGCAAUGGAACUACUGUUGAGGUGAUGGAGAGUAGACCAAGAGCAGAUAUCUAUAUCAACUUACCUGCCUUGAGAAAGCUAGAUUCUAUGCUUAUGGAAGCAUUGGAUAGUUUCCAGAACACAGAGUUUUGGUAUGCAGAAGAAGGAAGUCUGUCGAUGAAAUCUGCACGUUCUGCCACUGGAUCAUUCAGGAAAGUUAUAGUGCAGAGGAAAGAAGAGAAAUGGUGGCUACCAGUUCCUCUUGUUCCUCCAGAAGGUUUGUCAGAUAUAGCCAGAAAACAACUCAAGAACAAGAGAGAGAGUACUAAUCAGAUUCACAAAGCUGCAAUGGCUAUCAACAGUAGCAUCCUCAGUGAAAUGGAGAUUCCAGACUCUUACAUGGCUACUCUCCCAAAGUGUGGUAAAAGCAGUGUUGGUGAUUCAAUCUACCGCUACAUGAGUGGUUCGGGUCGGUUUUUCCCAGAGAAACUCUUAGAUUGUCUGAACAUAGCAUCUGAGCAUGAAGCUGUUCAGUUGGCAGAUAGAGUAGAGGCUUCAAUGUACACUUGGAGACGCAAAGCUUGUCUUAGUAACUCUAAGAAAUCAUGGAACCUGGUGAAAGAUCUUAUGUCAACUACAGAGCGGACAGACAAGAACUAUGUUAUGGCUGAGAGAGCAGAGACGCUGCUCUUCUGUUUGAAACAGCGUUAUCCAGAACUAUCUCAGACAUCAUUAGAUAUAUGCAAGAUUCAGUACAAUAAGGAUGUAGGAAAAGCAGUGUUGGAGAGCUAUUCAAGAGUACUUGAAGGCUUAGCUUUCAACAUAGUUGCUUGGAUUGAUGAUGUUCUCUAUGUAGACAAAACCAUGAGCGGUAGUGAAUAAGUUUUUAAGAUUUUCGUCUGAGGUUUUCUGUGUUUCUUUUUUUCCUUCUGUAAAUUAAAUUCAGAUCAAAAUCAAUGGAAAAAUCUUG